AUGUCAAAUCCUCCAAACACAACGGUUUCGUCGGCUCAACAACCCAUUUCGCCUCGACCUCUCAAGAAGGCCUUCUCUCCGAAAAGACCUAUUACACCUUCCACUCCUACAAAUCUUACUCCCACCACGCCAUCCAAGGCUGCCACAACUUCUGUCGGUUCAAUACCUUCAGCUACGGUACCAAGCGAUAGCGUAGCUGCUGUGAUUCAAGGAGUUUCACAACCCACCACAAAACCAACAAUAGAGUCAACUAGUCCAAGUAGAGUGAGUAAUAAUGAAAAACAGCAACCAUCAACACCUUCCAAGCCAUCCACUUCUGCUUUGCAAGGAAAAUCAAUCGAAUCUAAACCAAACAGCUCCAGUUUUAAUAAGAAUUCGGAAGCUCAAUCAAAUUCUCAAACAUCUACACAUUCAAAUGCAAGCAGUAGUUCUAGGUCUCCGUCACAAUCUAAUGUGAAACAUUCCCUCAAGUCAUCUCCAUCUGUGAGCGGAAAGAGAAAAAGAGCAAGCACAGAUCCUGCAACUGCAAGCCACGACUCUUUGCAUGGCUCUCUUAAGAAUGAAGUUGCUAGAAAUCGUUCCGAUAAAUUAUCAAACGUACUAGGAGGAGCAACAAGCAUGGCUCCAUCGUCCGUAUCUAAUACUAGUUCUACACCAUCCAACUCAACAGCUUCCACAGAAACAAAACGAAGAAAAUCUAAAAAAAUCAUAGACGAUGAAGAAGAAGAGGAAAGUUUCGAACCAGCUCAAAAGAAAAAGAGUACGACUCAUGAAGAUAAAACAGGAGACAGUUAUAGCGCCAUAAGAAGCGCAAUUACGCAUAAAGACAAGGAAGUUCGACAUCACCAAAGAAAGACCAAUUCGAUCAAGAAGCAUUUUAUAUCAGUGGACAAGCCAGAACUUUCAGAAACUAGUUUCCCAGAUAGUGACCUUCAACCAGAAUCCUCAAUCGUAUUAUUCAGUCAGGAAAUGUAUCUUAAAACUAUUUAUCAAAUUAUUAAGGAAAGGAAGAAAUUUUAA